CAUCACUGCUAUAUCUCCUAGCACGUCAUUUUGAGAUUUGUCUACUUUUUUGACGUUUCGCUGCCUCUAUAAUAAUUGUCGCGGAUAUUGGACUUGAACUGAGCUUGAGUGAACUGAUGUGCAAAUACUUAUUUUAGCCUAUUUGUGUGUGUAUUUGAGUUAAAUGCUCGGGAUUUAGGUAGCCGUAGCCGGCUAGCUUGUUGUUAGCUGCAGGCAGAAAUCUGGUGCAGGCAUUUUUUUGCACCGCAGAAACAUAAUAGCGGCAGCAGUUUGGAUGUCAUUGUUCACGGUCGGAAAAGUUCUGUCGUAGAGAACGUCUGGAAAGACCAUGCAGGUUUACCACGGAACUAACACAUUUCUGCGAAUAUUUAUUUCUUCAAACGAUGCUUUCAAAGCAUUAUGAAUUCAGUUCACUAACGUUGGACCUUAAUGAAUUAAAGUCAUCUGAAAGCUUGUAAUCUUAAAUGACCUUAGCUGUUGUAUUGAAAAGAAAGAAAGAAAACGUGUAUUUACCAAGUGCGUGAUAUAGUAACUCUGUUCAUAGUCACGUUUUUGUUAGUCAUCAACAUGGAUAAGAAAUCAUUUGACAUUGUCUUGGAUGAGAUAAGGAAGUGUGUCCUGACCGAUCAGCGGAUCAAAGCCAUCGAGCAGGUGCAUGGAUAUUUCUCCAGCGAGCAGGUGACGGAGAUAUUGAAAUACUUCUCAUGGGCAGACCCUCAGAUUAAAGCAGUAAAAGCUCUGCAGCAUAAAAUGGUUGCAAUCCCUACAACCAAGGUUGCAAAUAUUCUGAAUUGCUUCACCUUUUCGAAGGACAGACUGGUUGUCCUGGAACUGAUAGCUUUGAACAUAUCAGAUGCUCAAAAUUACCGUCCUGUGGAGGAUCUGUUUCGCAUACACUUGUCUGAGAAAAAGCGGGCUCGCAGGAUACUGGAGCAGGUGUGUAAGGUUGGCUGCAAGGCUCCUGUAGCCAUGAUAUCCUCCUGUGGUAUGAUACCAGGAAAUCCAUACCCCAAAGGCAGACCCAGUCUGGUCACUGGCACAUUCCCCGGAAUCCCUCCAGUAAAGAAAGAAGGAGAGAAGAAAGAGGACCCAUCUAACAGUAUGGAGGGGAAAGGAAUCGCUUCCCGGAUUAUCGGACCAUUUAAACCUUUUCCAUCUACCUACAACCCUCAUCGGCCUGUGCCCUACCCUAUACCACCGUGCCGACCACAUGCUACCAUCGCACCAAGUGCAUACAACAACGCAGGCCUUGUUUCUGUGGGAGGGGUAAUAACAGCCAGCGUGCCCCCUCCCCCCUACAACUCCGCCCACAAAGUAGCAGGUUACGCCAAACCAGGCAAUCAUCAGAACACCACACCCGGAGUCAACAGCGGACCCCUGCUCAUUCCUCAUGGGUCCACACCGUCUACCCCUGUCCCACCCCAGGCUUCUCCUGCUCACCCGCCUCCCACAACCCCCAUCACACCAGUUUUCCCUGGCAUGGUGCCCUCUCACAACCCUAAUGCCCCCUCACCCUCACCUGCUCCAUCCCCGUCGGUCAUCAGAGCAGGUCCACAGACCCCCACUGGCCACGUUACACCUACACCCUCAUCUGUCAUUAAAGCGCACACCCCCUCAGGAACCCCUUGUGCAACUCCUGUUUCCAGUAGUGGGGGCUUCUCCUCUUCCCCCUUCCAUGCCAUUUCCCGACCUAACACGCCUGCUACCUCACGCAGUUGCCAAGAUCCCCUGCCACAGACGAACUCCAUGGGCUCAACUCAGCAGAGAAUUUUUACCCAGACUGCAGACCACCAGUCAGGACCCACCUUCCAUGGCUUACCCCAACAAGCAGGUAACCUCUCUGGGUCUGUUAUAAGAAGUUACACCCCAUCUGGACCACCAUCUCUCACUCCUGGAUCUUCCACUCCAAAUUGUUCCACCCCAGGCCCCACUCCCAAACUCUCCCCAGCCCUCUCUGUACAGGCUCACGCUUCCAUGGGGCAGGCUGGAGUCCUUCAGAUCGAAGAUCAUCGAGCAGUCCUGAGUAGACACACCGGUGGUGGCAACAGUGGCAGUAACAGCCCAGUACACUCUGCUUUUAAGGGCACCUCUCGCUCAGGCACACCUUCUGUUAGCUCUCUGGUGGUACCAGGUUCUGCUCAAGCUGCUCUGGCACGUUCCUUGGGUCUGUCGCACCCUUCAGGUUCCCCUCAAGUCUCUCUCCCCAGUCCUGUUGCUAUCACCGGCCUCCAAGCUCUGUCCUCCAGCCCAGCACCCUCUCAUUAUCCAGGCCUGUCCCCGUUUUCCUCCCUUUCUUCCUCUCUCCCUCCUUCCUCCAUGCCUUCAUCAAUAACAGCGAUGCCUCCUGUUAGCAAUAUGUCCAACCACCCACAAACCUCUAUCUACCCAGGCAUGGCACCCGGCAUGGCACCCAGCGCUGCCCCCAGUGCAGCCUCCCCUUAUGGUCUCGGCCUCACCUCUGCCUCCUCUAUAUUCCCAGGCCUUCCGCCUGGCCCCAGCCCUACUGCCUUCCCAGGGUUGGGGGUUUCAGGAGGGCAUGGUGCUGGGAGCCCUGUGUUGUCUUCAUUCAUGGGAUUGCCUGGUGCCACUCCAUCUUCAGUAGCAUCGGUGGCACCACUGCAGGCAGUGGCAGCAGCGGCAGCAGCAGCAGCUGGGGUUCCAUCAUCAUCACCAGUUUUACCUGGAUUUGCAUCUGCCUUCAGCUCCAACUUCCAGCCUGGGUUGACCAGUGGCCUCCAGCCUCCAGGAAGCAGUGGGUUCCCCAGCUUGUUGUCCUUCCCCGGUGUACCAGGCUUCUCUCCCUCUGCCUCCCCUGCUGCCCUUGGUGGCCUCCACAACCCAACCAUGCAGUCUGCCCUGCUGCAGGCUCAUCCCACAUCUGCUUUAGAGAACUUUCCUUCUCAGCCCAAUAGUUUCGCCAACUAUCCCCCAGGCCCAGGAAACCCUUUCCCCCUCCAACCAGGCCUGCACCCUCAACUGGGCUGGCAGUGAAGCCUACCGUACAUUUUGAAACAUUGAGUAUAUUUUCAUGCUGACCUCUACUGUUACACCCUUCCCUACCCUUUCAGGAUUUGACAUGUUUUAUUUUCUGGCCUUGAACCCUGCAGAGCAAAGGACAUCCAACUGAAGAGUUUGAUUUCUGUGUAUUUUACAGUCAGAGUGAUUCACCACUACGAGGAACACUACUAUGUAAACAGUUAAAAUAGUGUGCAGGGGAGAAGUCUUCUAUUAUAGUGAACAGUUGUAAAUAUCACUUGUCAAAUUUGUUUGGUUUUACAAGUAGACUGUGAUGAACUUUAAUGUUAGCUGGAUUUGGCAGUUGGUCAACAAUAAUUUGUAAAUAAUGAAGUGUAGAAAUAAAAACAAUAUACAUGAUAUCAUGUAAUGAAUUGACAGUAUCCUUAUGUAGUAUUUCAUGUCCAAACUCAGUGUAAAGGCCAUUCUUAUGAUACUGAUUGAUUGCCUUGAAUCAAAUAUUGUUUUAUGUCUUGAAAUCUUAAGCUGACUAGCAUAUUGAGUUGUAUGGCGCAGUCACAUUUGGAAGUGGCCACACCAUACAUCUUUUGGUGUGUAAAGGGUGGAAGCGUUGUGCACAAAAACCCACAUUUGGCAGUUCCACUCAUUAUUUGUAUUUUCAAUGAACACUCACUCGGGGCUGUCAACAUUUUAAUGUGAUUUAUGUUUUGUAUGUUUACAAAGUUCUUUUGCCAGAUGUGACACUGCUGUUACUGCUGUUACAGUAUUUGACCAGACAUAAAGCGUUUUCAGACUGGAGGAACUUUUUCGUAGUUCUGUUGGUGGAACUACCCCUUUUUAUUGUGUCCACACUGCA